AUUUUUGUUUGUGAUAUAAGUAUAUUACCGUUGAUUUUAUUAUGUUGAAAAGAAAAUAGUAACAAAUCUUGUUUUAGUAAAGAAAACUACACGAUAGAUGUCUCGAUAGAUUGAUGUGUGACAACAACCAAUAGCAUUAGUGAUUAUUACUAACAGCUUAUAUAUGGUAUAUGUUUGGCUACAAUGAUUAUAAAAGCAAAACAAAAUAUGCGGACAAUAGCGGCAAAAUUCUAUUUUAUUCAAUAUAUAAAUUAUUACUUUAGUUGUGUUUUGUGAAAAGAAAUGUAACUAUUGUUGUUUUCUAAUAAUUGUGAGGUUAGAAAAUGUGGUAAUUGAAGCCAAUACAGUUAAGAAUUAAUGAAUAAGUUAAUAUUAUUAAUAGUAUCUAAAAAGAUUUAAGAUAUCAUGUAGAAUGACAAAAUAACGUUAAUUAAUAAAUAUGAGCGAAAAUUUUAUUGUUAAUUUGAAUGUUAGAAAAGAAAAUUGUAAUGAAGUCAAUUUACAAAUUAUUUUUUUUGUGCCUUAUACUAGCUGUUUUGGUAAUAUUACUAAAUCUAACUACAAAUUUUAAAAAUAAGAUAUAUGAUGAGCACAAGAAAGAAAAGUUGUCGUAUUCUUUAUCUAAGAAAAGAAUUAAUAUGCCUAUAACCGGAGAAGUAACUAUAUGUGUUGUAGUUUGUGGAGAUAGAUUAGAUGAAUCCUUGACUAUGCUUAAAUCAGCAUUAGUUUUUACAAAUACAUCAUUGCAAUUUAUAAUAAUAACAGAAAAUAAUUUAAUACCGGCAUUUAAUGAAAAGUUAUCAGAAUGGAAACUUAUUUCCAAUAAAACAUUUGACUUCGUAAUAAGAUCUAUAACAUUCCCUGAAGGAAAUGAUCCAGGAAUAUGGAAAAAAUUAUUUAAACCUUGUGCUGCUCAACGACUAUUUUUACCAACUGUCUUGAACAAUACAGAUGCAGUUUUAUACAUGGAUACAGAUACAUUAUUUUUAGCUCCACCAGAGAAAAUAUGGGAUGAAUUUAAAAAGAUGAACUCCAGUCAAUUAGCUGCUUUAAGUCCAGAACAUGAGGAUCCCAAUACUGGCUGGUAUAAUCGAUUUGCUAAACAUCCAUAUUAUGGAAAAUUGGGAGUAAACUCUGGUGUUAUGUUGAUGAAUUUAACAAGGAUGAGAGAGUUUAGAUGGACAAAUUAUGUUGUGCCCAUUCAUAAGGAAUAUAAAUUAAAGAUAACAUGGGGAGAUCAAGAUAUUAUAAAUAUAAUAUUCCAUUAUCAUCCAGAAAAACUUUAUGUUUAUCCAUGUAGAUUUAAUUACAGACCUGAUCAUUGCAUGUAUAUGUCAGUCUGUACAGAAGCAGAAAAAUAUGGUGCAUUAGUAUUACAUGGAUCUCGAGGUAUGUUUCAUUCACAGAAACAACCACCAUUUAAAGCGGUAUACAGAUCCAUGCAAGAGUAUCAACUGAAUACAGAUCCAUAUGAUUAUUUAUUUGUACCAAUGAAAAAUUAUUUGACAUUGGAAGAUAAGUCUAAUUGUGGCAAAGUAUGGAAGGCAUUUCUUAUACAACCUGAAUUACAUUUAAGCAAAAAUCUUUAAAGUUGCAUAGUAAUGGAGUUUGUAUAUAUAGUUACUUCAUUUUAUGUAAACUAGAAUAUAAGUGAAAUUUUGAGAUACUCUUUUUAAUAAUGUUCGAAUUUAUAUAGAUGCCUAGUGAAAUAUGUACGUAAAAUAGCAAUAAUAUGUAGAAUAUUGAGUUUCAAUACUGUAUUCUUGUGCCAUCAUUAGUGAUUUUUACAUAGUUUUACAUGACAAAUGAAAAACAUACAAAGAAUUUUAAUUUUAAAUAAUAAAUAUUUGAAUGAGAUACAUAAAUGUACACUUAGUAGGUGUGACAUAUAAGCAAUUAUUCGUGACAUAGUUUAUAUUUAAAAUACUGGCUUGUCUUAUAUUAACUUAUAAAAUAAGACUGAAUUCUCUUGAUAUUCUUUUUCAUUCAUUUCAUUACUAUAUAUAUUAUAAUCUAUUCUAAUUAUGUCUUUUAUUACUUUUAGUAAUAAUACUAAAGUACAUUUGUAUCUACCAUUUUCCAACAUAUGUUAGUGGCUAUAUAAGUAUUUGAUGUAGUAUAUUAAAUAAUAUAAUCAUUAUAUUAUACAAUAUUUAUACUUCAAUAUCAUCUACAUUAUACAAGUAAUUUUUGUCAUUUAUAAAACAAAUGAUAUAACAAAUAAUAAAUUCAUACCUUAUUAAA